AUGGAAGUACAGAGAAGUAGCGGGCCCCAGCAAACGAACAGCAGCAGCAUGUGUGAAUCGACGCAGAGGUCCUGCGAACCUCGCCGAAAGAAAAUGGAUGAGCGCAGUGCGCCCUCAGAGAUGGCCAGGAUUAUCACCGAUCCUGUCACGGGGAAGUGCUACUGCCGUGGAAAAGUUUUGGGAAAGGGAGGGUUUGCAAAAUGCUAUGAGAUGACCGAUCUGUCCACCAGCAAAGUUUAUGCAGCCAAAAUCAUCCCACAUGCGCGCGUCUCCAAACCUCACCAGCGGGAGAAGAUCGACAGAGAAAUUGAGCUGCACAAAGUGCUGCACCAUAAACACAUUGUGCACUUUUAUCACCAUUUUGAGGACAAAGAGAACAUCUACAUCCUGUUGGAAUACUGUAGUAGAAAAUCAUUAGCCCAUAUCCUGAAGGCUCGCAAAGUGCUUACUGAACCAGAGGUGCGUUAUUAUCUAAGACAGAUUGUCUCUGGACUGAGGUACCUGCAUGAACAAGAGAUUCUCCACAGAGACCUGAAACUUGGUAACUUCUUUGUGAGUGAGUCGAUGGAACUGAAGGUCGGGGACUUUGGUCUGGCUGCCAAGUUGGAGCCAGCAGGAAACAGGAGGAAGACGAUCUGUGGAACUCCCAACUAUCUGUCCCCUGAGGUGCUCAACAAGCAGGGCCACGGCUGUGAAUCAGACAUAUGGGCCCUAGGCUGUGUAAUGUACACCAUGCUAUUGGGCAGGCCACCAUUUGAAACCACCAACCUAAAGGAGACAUACAGGUGCAUUAGAGAGGCGCGCUAUUCCCUGCCCUCCUCUCUGUCGCCACAGGCUAAGCAGUUAAUCGCCAGCCUGCUAGCAAAGAUCCCAGAGGACAGACCCAACCUGGACCACAUUCUGAGGCACGACUUCUUCACACAGGGCUUCAGUCCAGAGCGUCUGCCGGCUAGCUGUUGCCAUUCAGCACCAGAUUUCCACGUCUCUAGUCCCGCCAAGAGCUUCUUCAAGAAAGCUGCCGCUGCGCUCUUUGGUGGAAGGAGAGACAAGGUCAAAUACUACGAGACGCUGAAUAAGUUAACCAAAGAGGAAGAGGAGAUAUACAAACUGCAGAAUGACCUGGAGAAAACUUUCAUCAGCCAACAACAGAGCAAAAAGAUUUCUGAGAAUGGAAGUCUACUUCCGCCUUCUGCUGAGAGCCCAGUUGCCCUGGCAACAGAGAGCCAGUCCCCGACAACGCGAGAUCCCAUCCGUCUGAUCGUCAGGGGGAGUCUGGGGAGCUGCAGCAGCAGCAGCGAAUGCCUGGAAGACAGCACAACAGGGAGCGUUGCUGAGACUGUUGCAAGUGUUUUAAGGGGAUGUCUGGAGAGUAUGCCUAAAGCGGACGACAUUCCUCAGUGCUCAAACAGCUGCAGUCUUCAAUGGGUGACUAAAUGGGUGGACUACUCCAACAAGUACGGCUUUGGCUACCAAUUGUCUGAUCACACCGUGGGAGUUCUCUUCAACAACGGCACUCACAUGAGCCUCCUGCCAGACAGAAAGACCAUCCAUUACUAUGCAGAGUUGGGCCAACGCUCUGUCUUCCCCACUUGUGAGGUUCCUGAACACUUUGUGGGCCAGGUGACCGUGCUCAAGUAUUUUUCCCACUAUAUGGAGGAGAAUCUCAUGGAUGGCGGGGACCUGGGUAGUAUGACAGAUGCACACAUGCCCAGACUCUACCUGCUGCAGUGGCUCAAGUCUGACCGCGCCCUCAUGAUGCUCUUUAACGACGGCACUUUCCAGAUCAACUUUUACCAUGACCACACCAAGAUCAUCCUGUGCUGCCAGAGGGAUGAGUACAUGCUGACGUACAUCAACGAGGACCGCGUCUCCAAAACCUUCAAACUCAGCUCCCUGCUGACGUCUGGCUGCCCCACAGACCUGCGUGAACGCAUGGUGUACUCCCUUAACAUGCUUCUGCAGAGAUGCAGCUAAAGCUACAAAAAUGUGUUUUGGACAGAAUUAAACAGACUAAAUCUACCCAUUGUGCUGCUGCAGUACUGCAGUGGAACCAGGAUUCAACAGGAUCUGUGCGGGAAGGACGAGUUUGAGGGUGGACCUGUGAAAAGUAAAUUAACAUUCCUACACUGUUGCACCUUCGUGACUCAGCAGAGGUGCAGGUUAAAGAAAAUCAUACGGACAGACUCUGCGGAUGGGGGAAUGAAAUGUAGCACAAUGACAGUGGAUGAUUAAGGGCUGAUUUGUAUGUUGAUUGUUGGAGGAGAAGAAAGACCGAGCUUGUUGGAACGAGUAUGUUGGUACGAAUGUGAACCCCAGAGGGGGAAAAAGAGGGAUGUUUUGGAAGCGGAAAUGCUGGGCUGGUACCAGCUUAAAAGUGUAUGGUAUAGUUGAUGCUGUUUUAUAGACAAUCCAUAAACUGAUGCUCUGAGUGUAACCAGAGCACGACUGUGGAACAUUGUAAAUGAUGUACAGUGUAUGUCACAGCCAACUCAGCAGUGCAGAGACACCAUUUGCUAAUAUCUGUGGAUGCUCCAGAGUUCGGCUGUUUAUAUGUGCGAGAGUGUGUUUGUGUGUGAGUGAGUGGGAGGGAUGUAACAUCACACUAACUUUUUAAACUGUGAUUUGUUCUCUUUACUGACAGAUGGACUCAGCACAUUAAGCUGGGAACCAGAGGGGUGAUGUAAGGGGGGAGGUGGAGGGGCGCAGGUGAAGAGAAUGACAUUUAAAAAACAAACAGUACCAGGGGUCCUCUGAGGAUCUCUUAAGAGCCAUUAUCACCUUGGUGGAAAAUGUCCUAAAUAACUUAUUGUGUAAAAAAAAGUGCAGUAUUUAUUUAUUUAAUAAUAAAGAGCAUUUUCUAAAAAACAAAA